CUAAGCUGUAUAUUAUUGAUUUAAAUCAAUAAUAAUAAUGAAAAUCCACACAUAUACAAACCAAUUCGCUUUACUUUUUUUGUUGUUGUUGUAACAUACAUACUGUAAGUACUGUGUGAAUAGUAUAGUGAUAAACAUUUUUUUACGUUUUUCUUAUUUUUAUUUUUGGUUUUUGCCUUAAUUUAUUACUAAAUUUAUAAUUAAUUGACAUAUUACGUUACACUAAUACACUCAUCCCCCUACUCACCUCCCACACACACAUCUACACCCACAGACACACACACACACACACUCACAUAUACACAUCAGAAACUCAAAAACAUACAGUUUUUUGGUAGUUGUAGCCUGAUUAUUAUUAUUAUUAUUCGAUUUUUGGUAAUCUGUAAUUAUUCCUCUUUAUAGAUUUGAUUAUACUAUCUAAUUAAGUGUUUUGUUGUUAUGAUUCAUUCAUCAAUUAGUUACUAUGCUUAUUGUUUAAGUAAUACAUUAUUAUUAUUAUAUUAACAGUUUAAACAUAAUAACGUUCCAUUGAUCAUUUCACUAAUCUCUAAGUCAUUUAAUCACCAAGAGAAGAAAGAAAAAAAGAAAAAAGAAAAGGAAGAAAAAAAGUCAAUAAUGAAACUCAAGUUAACCCAACAAUUUUGGUUCUAUGUAUUCAUUGUAUUAAAUUGUUUCCUAGCAGUAACCAGUUUCAUUUUAUUUGUAUUAAGUGUAAAAGCACAAGAUCAUUUAUUUCAAUAUAAAUUAAUUAUACAAUAUAACAUACCAGCUAUCUAUCCAACAGGGAUUUUCACCGGAUGUCUUGGUUUAGUUGCUACAUGUUUAGGAUUUAUUGGAAUAUGGAAAAAAAUCAAUAUUUUUUAUAUUUUACAUGUUAUUUGUUUGACCAUAGAAACAAUAAUUAAUUUAUGUAUAGCUAGUUUAUCGGUUAUCAUUGAUGAUCAAUUUUUUAUUAAUGCUAAAGAAGCCUUGAAUACUACUAUUAAAUAUUAUUAUGAGAAGAAUGAAUAUGGUGAUGAAUUUGAUAAAUUACAUAUGACAUUCUUCUGUUGUGGAGUUAAUUCAUAUGCUGAUUUUAGAAAAGCUAAAUUAUUGAUACCAUAUUCGUGUAGAAUUGGUCAGUUUGUUUAUGCAAGAGGUUGUUAUGAUGAAUUAAGUGAUUUCGCACAAUAUUACAUAACUCUAUUAACAUCCAUUUGCUUUAUUACAUCAUUUGUUUAUAGUGUAUUCAUUGGUGUAUCAAUUAUCAAUCUUCAUAAAUCAAUGAAGGGAAAGAAUCAAUCUUCUUCAUGAUAAAAUUCAAAAAAGUGAAUUCAACCUAACUACAUUCAUUUCAUUCAUAAUAAAUGAUAUUGAGUUGUUACUAUGGCAACUAAAUAGCAAAAUUUUUUUAAAGAAUAAUUUAGUUUUUACAGACUGAAAAAUGUUAAUUGUAAAGAACUGAUUUUUAUUUUUUGGUUUUUUUUCUUUGAGGGAUACCACAGAACAUCAAAUGUACUACUUAAAUAAAAAUGGCAAUAUAUUUAUAUAUCUUGAGUUUUAUUGACUAUUAAAUUAAGCUUAUCAGAGGUGCGCACUGCUGAGGAGUCCCA